UUCUUCACUCUGUUUUUUGUAUUCUGAGGAAAACAACUUCAAAGCUUAAAACCAACCAAACAAAUCAAACCAUAAUAGUAAUAAUAAUACCAUAAUGGCUGUUUUGGGAAACUUGUUACCUCGUUUGGUAUUUCUUCUUCUUCUUUUUGUUAGCUCAAGAGCAAAGGUUGUGACAAUUGAUGUACAAGAAGCCAAGAAUCUAAUCCAAGCUGGCUACAUUUAUCUUGAUGUUAGGACGGUGGAAGAGUUUGUGAAAGGACAUGUGGAUGCUGCUAAGAUCAUUAACAUUCCAUAUUUGUUGGGUGCACCCAAAAGCAGGGUGAAGAACCAAGAUUUUCUAAAGGAUGUUUCAUCUGCUUGCAACAAAGAAGAUCCUCUUAUCGUGGGAUGCCAAAUUGGGGUGAGAUCUCUGAAUGCUUCUAUUGAUCUUCUAGCUGAUGGUUUUAAGAAUGUGAAGAACAUGGAAGGAGGUUAUGUGGAGUGGGUUAGAAACAACUUUCCAGUGAAUACAUCAGUAGUAGUCAAAGAAGAACUAUAAUCAAUUAGUAUUAUUGAUUAAAUUUUCCAAUCUUUAUUUCCAAAUUCAUUCAUCAAGGAGAAUGAGAUACCACGUUGUAAUUAUGUAACAGGAUGUUGCUAUUCAAUAUCUAAAAGUUGUCUUAUAACAAUUUAUACUCUUUAUAUUAAAUUAUUAUUUCAAUAAA